CUAGCACGUUCUUGUCGAUGUCGUCAUGUCAAAGAGUUUAUCGGAUCAUGAUCGGAUCGUGUGGGGAAGUCCGGAAGACUAUUUUGGGUGUCUGUUUUUCUCGUAUUGAGAACAUUGGAAGCUUAAAUGACGAAUUAAGAAAUCCAAUAUGAGUGAAAACAAGGAGAAAGAAGGAUCAGCAGGACCUCCGAAGUUGAAGCAAAAAUAUGACUGGUACCAAACAGACUCUACUGUCGUCAUUACUCUUUUGAUAAAAAAUUCCAAGAAAGAAGAUGUACAAGUGGAUUACACGGAAAGAGCAGUGAGUGCAACAAUCAAGCAGCCUUCUGGGAAUGACUUCAGCCUGGAGUUGGACCUGGCCCACAAUGUCGUCCCUGCCAAGUGCACAACCAAGAUCAUGUCUAUGAAGAUUGAGCUGAAGUUAGUCAAAGAAGAGGGACUGAGGUGGAACAAGCUGGAAGGGGAGGAUACGCUAGCUACCAACGCAGCCACAGAGCAAGAUGCCCAAGACAUUGUCCACAAGUACCCGACGUCCAGCCACGUGACACGGAACUGGGACAAGAUCGGCAAGGAAGCGGAGGAAGAGGAGAAGGAAAAGGCUGAGGGAGAGGCUGCCCUCAACCAGCUCUUCCAAAAGAUCUAUGGAGAUGCCUCGGACGACGUCAAGAAGGCCAUGAACAAGUCAUUCACCGAAUCAGGAGGCACUGUCCUCAGCACCAACUGGAAAGAAAUCGGUCCUCAGAAAACGGAAAUUAAACCACCAGAUGGAAUGGAGUACAAAAAAUGGGACACCUAGUGGUCUGCGUAAGGGAAGUGUACAUAGUGGAGCUGGUCCGCAUUGAGACAAGUAAAUAGAUAUGAUAAAACCUCUCCAGUGUACAGGCAUGCAACUGGCAAUUUCGAGGAAACUCCGAACCACACCAGACUUCGUACUGUAUUUUUCAGUUUGUAAUGGCAUUCAUGAGAAGUGAAAAACGAGGAAACCAGGGGAUCCGAGGAAAAGUUGCAUGCCUGGGUGUAGGUUAGGAUAACGGGCAGAUACUCUUAAUCAUGUGAGAUCUUUUCAAUCUUUUCAAUCUUUUCAAAUCUCCGUCAUGUCAAACCUCAUCUGUCAGGUCAAAGCAGGUCAAAUCUGUUCAAUUUUUUUUUCAAGUGCACCUACAUUCUCCGUCCAGUAUAUGUAUUUCAUCCCACGCAGCUCCGUCAUAGUCUUUUCUUAAAGGUUUCACUUAGUUUUUGUUCUGCUAAGAGUUACAUUUCCACGCUCGGUUGGUUUUUAAGUUGCUGUUAUGUUGUUCCCUGUCCCAAGCUUAUAGCUGUUUUACAUCUGUAUGGGAACCAGUAGUGCUUGUAGUACUGUUAAUAAUCAUUUGAGAGAAUUUUUGUUUUUGGUGUUAACAAUAUUGCUAAGGCCCCCAAAAAAGAUAUUCUUAGAUAACUUGGUGAUAUCAUCAUUGCCGUGAUCUCAUUUAUUUGAUUUUUAUUCAUUUGAGGAAAGAAUCCCCAAAUUUCCUUGUCAAUAUGGUUUAUAAAAUUGUACUGUGUAAAUUUUGUAUAGUCUUUUCUCUUUAAAUUUAAUCAAUACUUUUGCAUUUCUCAAAUUGCUGUUUUUUUCUCUUUGGUCAUCAACAUCUUUGCAGUAAAACUGUGACAACAUUCAUUUUCUCCUCAAAAUUGACCAAUCAAAUUUGAAGUGAACACUUCACUUUCCAUGGGGCUGCCAAAGAUAGGAAGGAUAUUCCCAGUCCGUGGGGAGGAAUAACAAAGAUAAAUUUCCAUUUGAAUUCUUAGAAAAGCAAAUUGUAAAAUGUUUAUAUUCAUCCUCGGUCAAUCCUCAUUGGUUUUUUUCGUAUGCUGUACAGUUCUUACUUUUUGUUGGCUCAAGAUAAACAGGAAAUUAAAAAUAAUGCACUUGGGAUAAUUCUAUCAAAAUAAUUGGAAAGGUGAAUGUGCUUUACAGAAUUUUCUUUUCCCCCCAAUAUUUACUCAGAUAAAUUGAAAUAGAAUUCUAACUUUGUAUGUGUUACAUUCAUUCUGCGAUUUCAUAUCGAUUUGAUAAAAAAUCAAGAGAGGUGCAUUGUGGUCAUAUUAUAUCCCAACAUCUUUUACCACCUUCAAAUGUAAAUUGUCAUUUCCUUACCGCAUUCUUUAAAAAACAAAUUGCGACCAUGUUGCAUGUAUAACCAUUUGUGUAUUGAAACAAAAAAACCAAAAACAUUUCACCACAUGUGUAGCUUUUUAGAACAAGGAAUGUAACCAAUCUUUAAGAUUUCUUUACUUUUUGCUUUGUAUUUCUUGAAACAAUAAACUAAAUAAUGUUUGGAAAAAAAA